AUGAGCAAAGCACAAGGAGGUCUGGGCAUUAAGAAUUUGAGUACUCAGAACACCAGUCUGCUACAAAAAUGGUUGUGGAGAUUAUGUUGUGAAGAUAUGGCAUUAUGGAGGAGGUUUAUUGCUGAGAAAUAUGGCCUACCAAGCAACUGGAUAACUGAAGAGGUGAAUGGCACUUUUGGGUGGUCUGUAUGGAAAACCAUCAGGAGAAUGUGGCCUGAUUUAAGUGCAAAGGUGACCUUCCGAGUGGGGAAUGGUUUGAAGACCAGUUUAUGGAAUAAGACCUGGUUAGGUGAUGUAAAUCUGAGGAUACUUUUUCCUGAUCUGUACAUUAUCAGUCUACAGCAAAAUGACACUAUAGCGCAGAUGUGGAGCCCUCAAGGUUGGAACCUUAUGUUAAGAAGGGCUCUAAAUGAUUGGGAGGUUGGAAGAGUAGCAGACCUACUGCAUGCUUUAAACUUGUUUCCAGGCACUGUCACAGAGCCUAACAAACCAGUUUGGAGACUGCAUAGCAGAGGGUUUUUACAGUUAAGUCAUGUUAUUGGGAGAGGAAUAACAAUCGUUUCUUGA